CAUGACAUUUACAGGAAAAAUAAGUAAAAUUUUAUUAUGGCAGGUUCAUUUUUUGGAUUUAAUACGACAUUAUCGGCUAUGGACGAAGGAUCCUGUUUAUCUGAUGACGAGUAUGACCUGUUAAAUGAGGAAACUUUUGGAUUAGAAGCUUCACAAUGUGAUUGGGAAGAUCAACAUGAAACUUUUGCAAAAAUUACUGAAUCCAAUAAAAAAUCUAAAGAUGAUGAUCUAGAUUUGGAGGCUUCGUUGUCAAAUUUGGUACUGGAUGACUGUGUAAUUCCUGCUUCAUCAGAAACAGAUGAUACAAGUGUAGAUUUAGAUCCUAAAGUUUGGGCUAGUCCAGAAAAACCUAUUACACAGAAUCAGAUACCCAGGACCUUGUGUACUGUUGAAGAAAUCGAACGGAGCUUAUUAAGGCCAACUAUUAUUCAAAAUCAAACAUUAUCUCAUCAAAAUGGAAUUUUACACAAUAUUUUACCUUCACAAACACUGCCUGGACCUUUUCCACCUAUUCAGAACCAGCGGUGUCCACCAGGUUUGCUUAGAAGCCCUGCUCAUGUACCACACAAUGUUCCUCCACAUCAAAUUCGAAUGUUACAAAGUACAAAUGUCCAUCCUCAAUUCAAUCAGACUCAUCCGUCAAAUCUUUUAUACAAUACUAACGUAAACAUGCCAUCAAUGUUUAACAGACAUAAUAUGUCUCAAACAUUUCCAUCUUGUGCAGCAAAUCAACAUCCCAUGCACCAGCAAAAUUUUGGACUCAACAACUCGAUAACAAACCAUAAUAUGACAAAUCAAAAUAUGAUGCACAUGAUUCAACAGAAUCAUCCUUUGUUACAAAACUAUAGGAACCAACAAUAUAAUAGAGUAUAUAACAAUCAGAUAAAUCAGAAUUCAAGUUUUAAUAAUCUGCAUAAAAAUCAAGGUGUAAAUCACUCUAAUCAGCAAUAUCUUUAUAAUGGACAAUUCAAUGCUCAUUUAACCAAUGGGGGAGAAGUCUUAGACGAAUACAGUAAUUUAAUGUCAGCCAGAGACAAGCAAUGGUUAAUCAAUAUCCAGAUGAUGCAGUUAAAUACAGGAACUCCAUAUAUUGAUGAUUAUUAUUAUACGGUGUUCAAAGAAAAACAAAGCAAACAAAGUGGAGAACGUGAAACAAUUGCUCACAAGGACAAUACUUUAAAUCAUCCCUUAAUUCAGCCUAAACAAGCCAGUAGAUUUUAUAACAAUAGUAACAAUAAUAAUCAAAAUCGUGAACGAAGAAAUUCCCAAAGUAGGGAUAAGGACAAUCCACAACAACAAAGAACAUACACACCUUUACAAUUUGAAAAUUCAUUAGGCAAAUUAACAUGUGGAAGUGUAACAGCUCCUCGAAAAAUAAUUGACAUGGAAGUAGUUUCAACUGACAAGGAUUCUUCCAACAUAAUUUCUAGUGAAGCGAAGAAAUGCCGACAGCUUCUUAUGAUGAUAGAAUCAUUAUAUAGAACUCUCCUUAAACUAGAAGAUCUAUCAAAUCCUUUAGCUGUAGCAACUACUAAACUUGUUCGGGAAAGAGAAGAAAAGCAAUUACAAAUGUCUGCAGAUCAAAAAAGCAAGGACCAAGAUGGCACUAAUAUUGUUAAAACAAGCUCAUUGCUUGCAAAGCCUGAAAAUAGAAAUGAUUUAAUAACAAUUUUAUUAACAGCUUUAGAUAAAAUUAGUAUAUUGAAUGUUCGUAAAGGCAAGAUUUUGUUACUUCGAAUACUGCCCCACUUAGAUAGUGAAACACAUCAUUCAGAAUUGCUAGAUUUUUAUUGUCGUCUAAUUCGAAAUUUACCACAAUUGGGUCGAAAAGAUCAAAAUACUGAUAAUCUUCUGCCAAGGUUUUAUGAGCAUUUCAAAAUGUUUAUUUGCAAUUUUGAGCUUGAACAUUUUUUCUCUAUUUCUGAUUCAUUUUUGGAUGUUGGUGAAAAGGGAAUGGCAUACUGUAUUAGCAAUAAGUUUGGGACUUCAAUAUUAUCGUUACUCCUACUGAGGUUUGAAGAAUUAUACAGAGAUGAAUUCUCGAAUAUUUCUAGCUCCAUAUCUUUACCUCAAUCAUGGAACACGUUUCUUAUAACACUAGGCAAAGCUCUUAGUAUUUUAGGUGGUCCACUACAAACCCCACUUGAGUACAUAGACAGAGAUAUUUUAUAUCAACAUUUGAAGCGAUGUGCACAACUGAGGAAUGAUAUUGAAAAGCUUGCACUGUUUGAAAGGAUCUUUGUUUGUAUUGAACAGCGGGAAAAUUAAAUGCAAUGCAUCUCAUUAUAAUUAAUCAUGUAAUAGGUUAAUUAGGUAAGUUAAUUGAUGACUUUCAAUUUUAUUUAAGUACCACGAGGUAUGUUAGUAGUAGCAAAGCUAGUUCAAAUGAGAUCAACUUUGAUAGGCCUUUCAUUUUGCAAAGCCCUCAGCUCCAAGUACUGCUACUAUAUAUUAGACAUAAAUCUUUAGUAUUCCUGUUAAAAUGAGUAAGAAAUUUUUUUUAGUAUUAUGAAGAAAAUUAUAUUAAUUGUACAUAUCGUGAAUUUAUUUAAAUCAAUUUUUUGUUAUUAAUAGGUUAAGCAGAAUUUUAUUUUAGUAGAUUUUUGUACCCAGAACAUUUGAUGAUUGUCAAUUAAGUAGAAAAAUGUGAUACUAUGAUGCACGUCAAGCAAUCUUUUGUUGCUUAUGUUCCUACGACAUU